AUGUUUAGUCCAUUUUGUUCUCUCUCGUUCUCUCUCGCUCGUUUCCCAUUCUCUCUAUCACGUUCUCUCUCUCCCGUUUUCUCUCUCACAUUAUCUCUCUCCCGUUCUCUCUCUCCCGUUCUCUCUCUCCCGCUCUCUCUCUCUCUCUCCCGUUCUCUCUCUCCCGUUCUCUCCCUCGCGUUCUCCCUCUCACGUUCUCCCUCUUCGUUCUCCCUCUCUCGUUCUCCCUCUCUCGUUCUCCCUCACUCGUUCUCCCUCUCUCGUUCUCCCUCACUCGUUCUCCCUCUCUCGUUCUCCCUCUCUCGUUCUCUCUCUCUCUCUCUCUCUCUCUCUCUCUCUCUCUCUCUCUCUCUCUCUCUCUCUCUCUCUCUCUCUCUCUCUCUCUCUCUCUUGUUCUCUCUUUGUCGUUCGUUCUCUCUCUCUCUCUCUCUCUCUCUCUCUCUCUCUCUCUCUCUCUCUCUCUCUCUCUCUCUCUCUCUCUCUCUCUCUCUCUCGUUCUCUCUCUCUCUCUUGGUCUCCCUAUCUCUCGUUCUUUCUCUUUAA